GAAUUUUGGAAGUAGGACUGAACCGUGGCGACCUUGGGCAAUGAAUCAUCAGCCUUGAGUAUAGGCAACGCUUUGCUCAAAAAUUUCAACGUGUGAUUCUUCAACAGUGCACUACAAAGAGGGAGAAAAAAAAAGGAUAAGAGAUAAAAUGCAAAAAAAUUCACUGUUAAUAACUCAUUAUCGAAUUUCCAGCAUGGAUUGGGAAUCACGGAUUUAUACAGAUUCUCUUUUAUACAGGAUGAUUGUUUGCUUGGUUAAGAGAAACAUGAUAAUUGACUUGGCAAGGUUUAGGAUUAUUUAGCUAAUCAAAAUGUUUUUUCACUUUUUCCUCCUGCACAGACUGCAAACAUUUAUGUGAAUUCCUUUCAUAUCCUUUCAGUCAAUUUUGUUACAUCCUGCGACCAAAAUUCACUUUCUACUAAAAUAAAUAAAUAAAUAAACUUUUUUAUUAUAUAGGUUU